UGUCAGUUUUCUUACCAUAGACAAAGCUGAGAAUUUGGCUGUUAGUCUUUACAAUAUUCUUUAACAAUGUCUCACGCUUCUCCUUCCAGAGUUUGCAAGUAUGAUGUCUUUUUGAGUUUUAGAGGUGAAGAUACAAGUAGAAUUUUUGUGAGUCAUCUUGAUACUGCUCUGCAAGAUAGAGGAAUCAAUACUUUCAACAAUGAUAUAGAGAAGGCUAGAUUGGCGGUCGUGAUAUUUUCCAAAAACUAUGCAUCCUCAAGAUGGUGCUUAGAGGAGCUUCCACACAUCAUAAAGUGCAAAAAUGAAUUGGACCAGAUUGUGAUUCCAGUCUUCUAUGAUGUCAGUCCAUCAGAUGUGUGCCAUCAAAAUGGCCAUUUCGCUGAAUCCUUUUCCCAGCACGAGAAAAAUUACAAAGAUGAUUUGGAGAAGGUUCAAAGAUGGAGGGAUGCAUUUGCGGAGGCAGGAAAAAUAUCAGGGUUUGAUUUACAAAAUUUCAAGGAUGAGGCAACAUGUAUUAAACUGAUUGUCAACACGAUUAUUCAUGGUGUGGCCUUCACAAAACAUCUAGUGGGAAUUAAAUCUCGCGUAAAGGAAUUAACAUCAUUGUUGAAUGUUGAAUUAGGAGGUGUUUAUUUUGUUGGGAUAUGGGGAAUGAGUGGCUCAGGGAAGACAACUGUUGCAAGAGCAAUUUUUGAUGAGAUUGCUGAUCAAUUUGAAGGAUCUUGUUUUUUUGGAAAUGUUAGGGAAAUUUCAAAAAAGGAUGGGGUGGAAGCCCCAGAACAUUUGCAAAAGAAGCUUCUUUCACAAAUCUUGAAGCAACAAUCACCGAAUAUAGCAAGUGCUAAUGAAGGGGCCAAAAUGAUAAGCAGUACUCUAUGUUUUAAGAAGGUUUUGAUUGUUCUUGAUGACGUGGAUAAUGAUAAUCAAUUGGAAUACUUAGUUGGAAAGCGUGACUGGUUUGGUGAUGGGAGUAGGAUCAUUACAACAAGUAGAAACAUUGAUUUACUACAAAAUCACAAUGAGUUAUAUCAUGUCCCUGAACUGGCUUUCGAUGAGGCUCUUGAACUCUUCAGUUGGCACGCCUUUCAGCAAAAGACUCCUGAUCCGGAGUUUGAAAACCUUUCGAUUUGUCUAGUAAUUUAUGCUAAUGGUUUACCCUUAGCUCUUGAGGUUUUGGGCUCUUUUCUCUACCAAAGAGGCAUGAAUGAGUGGAGAAGUGCAUUAAAUAGACUCAAAGACAUUGGAGAGGGGGGGGGGGGGGGGGGGGAUUAUUAAGCAA